AUGGCUUUGAUGAGAAGUCUCUUGAGUGCAAAGAAGAUUCUUGGUGGCUCCUUAGCAAGAACAAGCAAAGCACCAAAAGGGUUUCUUGCGGUGUACGUCGGUGAGAGCCAGAAGAAGCAGAGGUAUAUUGUGCCAGUCUCAUACUUGACCCAGCCUUCCUUUCAGGUUCUUCUCAGUAAAGCUGAAGAAGAGUUUGGGUUUGAUCAUCCUAUGGGCGGCUUGACGAUCCCUUGCCCUGUAGAUACUUUUAUCAGUAUAACUUCUCAGCUUCAAGGAUGA